AAUAUUGAAUCGCCGAUAUUGGCAACAUUUAAUAAUUACCAGCAGCAUCGUCUUCUGCCGUUGAAGUGAAACUGACCAAUCAGAGCACAGCGCGUUGAGUAAGCGAUGAUAGAGUUCACGUGCUCUCCAUCUCUAACUUUACACAGCGGCAACAGGUGGACGGAGCGCGUUGUGUUCACUGGUGGUUGGGAGUAUUUUAAAACCAUUUUAAGUUUAUAUUCACACAUAGUUUGAAAAUAGCGCAUAUUGUAAGGAGAGAAAAAAACAUUUCUGGACAAAAUAUGUCAAAAAUCUUAACAGUCUGUGGAGUUGCCAAAUCACUGAGGCUGGGAUGGCGCAACUGGAGAACAUCAACGAGGUUGCUCAGUUUGAAGACUCAGACUGCACACCUGGUACUAGAAGAUGGGACCAAGAUAAAGGGAUUCUCCUUUGGUCAUGAUCAAUCUGCAGCUGGAGAGUUGGUCUUCAACACAGGACUAGUUGGCUAUCCCGAAGCUCUGACAGACCCCAGUUAUAGAGGGCAGAUCCUGACCCUCACCUACCCCAUCGUGGGAAACUAUGGUGUUCCCAACACACAGGAGCUGGAUGAACUGGGACUGAAGAAAAAUGUGGAGUCUGAUCGCAUUCAGGUGUCAGGAUUGCUGGUUCAGGACUACAGUCAUGAGUACAGUCACUGGAACUCUGUAAAAUCACUGGCUCAGUGGCUUCAAGAGGAGAAGGUGCCGGCACUUUUUGGAAUAGAUACAAGGAUGCUGACAAAGAUCAUUAGAGACAAGGGUACCGUUUUGGGUAAGAUUGAAUUUGAUGGUCAGCAAGUGGAGAUCACAGACCCUAACCAGCGGAAUCUAGUGGCUGAGGUCUCUACCAAGGAUAUUCAAGUGUUUGGGAAAGGUAAUCCAAUCAAAGUGGUUGCUGUUGACUGUGGAAUCAAGCACAAUAUCAUAAGACUACUUGUCAAGCAUGGAGCAGAGGUGCAUUUAGUGCCAUGGGACCAAGACCUGAUGAGUUUGGAGUAUGACGGUCUCUUCAUUUCCAACGGCCCAGGAGAUCCUUCGCUGGCAAAGACCUUGAUUCAAAAUGUUCGCAAGGUGCUGGAAAGUGACCGUCCUCAGCCAGUGUUUGGCAUUUGUAUGGGGAAUCAAAUCACAGCUCUGGCAGCUGGUGCACGGUCUUAUAAACUACCAAUGGGAAACAGAGGCCAAAAUCAGCCAGUUGUGAACGUGAUGACGGGCCAAGCUUUUAUCACAGCUCAGAAUCAUGGGUAUGGCAUAGACAGCGAGUCUCUACCUCCAGGCUGGAGUCCUCUCUUCACCAAUGCAAAUGAUGGAACCAAUGAGGGCAUUAUGCAUAAUACCAAGCCAGUGUUCACAGCGCAGUUUCACCCUGAGGCCAAGGGAGGACCCACAGACACAGAGUUCCUGUUUGAUGCGUUCAUCUCUCUGAUAAGGAAGGGGAAGGAGGGGAGUAUCGCAUCUGUGAUGCCAAAGAAACCUGCUGUUCCUCGGAGAGUCCAGGUAUCCAAAGUGCUGGUGCUGGGAUCUGGAGGCCUGUCCAUUGGUCAGGCUGGAGAGUUUGACUACUCAGGAUCCCAGGCUGUCAAAGCAAUGAAGGAGGAAAACCUGCAAACAGUUUUGAUUAACCCCAACAUUGCCUCUGUACAAACUAACGAGGUUGGCACCAAGCAGGCAGACACUGUGUACUUCCUGCCCGUCACUCCUCAAUUUGUGUCAGAGGUGAUCAGAGUAGAGCGACCCGACGGCAUCCUGCUCUCCAUGGGUGGACAGACGGCUCUCAACUGCGGGGUGGAGCUCUUUCAGAGUGGCGUCCUGCAGAAGUAUGGAGUGCAGGUUUUGGGCACACCUGUUGAGUCCAUCAUGGCCACUGAAGAUCGGCAACUCUUUUCAGAUAAACUAAUGGAGAUCAAUGAAAAGAUUGCUCGUAUUGCUGUUAAAACGGUGGCAGAUGCCUUGAAGGCAGCAGAGGAGAUUGGCUACCCUGUCAUGCUGAGAUCAGCUUAUGCCCUGGGUGGCCUGGGUUCAGGCCUGUGUGCUAAUAGAGAGAAGCUAGAGGACACCGCUCGCAAGGCCCUGGCCAUGAGCAGGCAGAUCCUGGUGGAAAAGUCCCUGCUGGGCUGGAAGGAAGUGGAAUAUGAGGUGGUGAGAGAUGUCGCUGAUAACUGUGUCACUGUCUGCAAUAUGGAGAACUUUGACCCUCUGGGCAUCCACACAGGUGACUCCAUUGUGGUUGCACCCAGCCAGACUCUGUCCAAUGAGGAGUACCACAUGCUGAGAGAGACCGCUAUUAAGGUGGUGCGUCAUCUAGGCAUUGUGGGAGAGUGUAAUAUCCAGUAUGCCCUGAAUCCAUCUUCUCUGGAGUACUGUAUCAUUGAGGUGAAUGCCCGCCUCUCCAGAAGCUCAGCACUGGCGUCCAAAGCUACAGGGUAUCCACUAGCAUUUGUAGCUGCUAAGCUAGCUCUGGGCAUUCCUCUGCCUGACAUAAAGAAUGCGGUAUCGGAGCAGACCACGGCCUGUUUCGAGCCCAGUUUGGAUUACAUUGUCACCAAAAUCCCUCGCUGGGAUCUGGACCGCUUCCAAGGGAUGUCUCAGGAGAUCGGCAGUGCCAUGAAGAGUGUUGGAGAGGUCAUGGCAGUUGGCCGAACCUUCGAGGAGAGCAUCCAGAAGGCUUUGCGAAUGUGCCACCCCUCAGUGGACGGCUUUGUACCACGUCUACCUCUGAAAAGAGCCUGGGCAGAGCAGCACGACAUGCAGCAAGAGCUUUCCAUGCCUUCAAGUACUCGUAUCUUCUCACUCGCCCAGGCCUUGCACAGUGGUGUGACCGUUGAUCAGAUCCAUAACCUCACUGCCAUAGACAAAUGGUUCCUGCACAAACUGAGGCACAUCACUGAGAUGGAGCAGCACCUGGGUCAGUAUAACAGGUGA